GAAACUGAUCAACAAGAGAUGGUUCCAACUAAGAAGAGCGCUGUUCUUGUGGACGGGGUCAUACUGAAUGGUCCCACCACAGAUGCAAAGGCAGGAGAAAAGUUUGUUGAAGAGGCCUGGAGGCUAAUAAUGGAAGAGGUGGUUUUAAAGGCGACAGAUGUCAAUGAGAAGGUUUGUGAAUGGCAGCCUCCUGAACAACUGAAACAGCUUCUUGACUUGGAGAUGAGAGACACAGGAGAGCCACACCACAGGCUAUUAGAACUCUGCCGGGAUGUCAUACGCUACAGUGUCAAAACUAACCAUCCAAGAUUUUUCAACCAGUUGUACGCUGGACUUGAUUAUUACUCCUUGGUGGCCCGAUUUAUGACAGAAGCAUUAAAUCCAAGUGUUUAUACAUAUGAGGUGUCCCCAGUGUUUCUGUUAGUGGAAGAAGCGGUUCUGAAGAAAAUGAUUGAAUUUAUUGGCUGGAAAGAAGGAGAUGGAAUAUUUAACCCAGGUGGCUCAGUGUCCAAUAUGUAUGCCAUGAAUUUAGCUCGAUACAAAUAUUGUCCUGAAAUCAAGGAAAAGGGACUGUCUGGGUUGCCAAGAUUAAUCCUUUUCACAUCUGCAGAGUGUCAUUACUCCAUGAAGAAGGCAGCCUCCUUCCUUGGGAUCGGUACAGAGAACACCUGCUUCGUGGAAACAGAUGGAAGAGGUAAAAUGAUACCUGAGGAACUGGAGAAGCAAAUCUGGCAAGCCAGAAAACAGGGAGCAGCACCGUUCCUUGUCUGUGCCACCUCGGGUACCACGGUGUUAGGUGCCUUUGAUCCGCUGGAUGAAAUAGCUGAUGUCUGCGAGAGGCAUGGCCUCUGGCUCCAUGUGGACGCUUCUUGGGGUGGCUCCGCUCUGAUGUCAAGGAAGCACCGCUGGCUUCUGCAGGGAAUCCACAGAGCUGAUUCUGUGGCCUGGAACCCCCACAAGAUGCUGAUGGCAGGAAUUCAGUGUUGUGCUCUCCUUGUGAAGGACAAAUCUGAUCUUCUUAAGAAAUGCUACUCUGCCAAGGCAUCUUACCUCUUCCAGCAGGAUAAAUUCUAUGAUGUCAGCUAUGACACGGGAGACAAGUCUAUUCAAUGUAGCAGGAGAGCAGAUGCAUUCAAGUUCUGGAUGACUUGGAAGGCCCUGGGCACAUUAGGCCUUGAAGAAAGAGUUAACCGUGCUCUUGCAUUAUCUAGGUACCUGGUAGAAGAAAUCAAGAAAAGAGAAGGAUUCAAGUUGCUGAUAGAACCUGAAUAUGCCAAUAUUUGCUUUUGGUAUAUUCCACCGAGCCUCCGAGAGAUGGAAGAAGGACCUGAGUUCUGGGAAAAACUUAAUUUGGUGGCCCCAGCCAUUAAGGAGAGGAUGAUGAAGAAGGGAAGCCUGAUGCUGGGCUACCAGCCCCACCGGGGGAAGGUCAACUUCUUCCGCCAGGUGGUGAUCAGCCCUCAAGUGAGCCGGGAGGACAUGGACUUCCUCCUGGAUGAGAUAGACCUGCUGGGCAGAGACAUGUAGCGGUGGCUUUUAGUCCCCCA